CAACCCUAUUUCACAAUCGCGCACCGCUCCGCGUAAUAAUAAGAACGUUUUCACCCAAUUCAUUCGCGAGGCCAAACUGUAUCGAGAAAAUUCCAAAACGAGGCGGCGACUUUCGGUUUCAGUUUGAAAAAACCCAGUAUUGUAUUUCCGGGCCAAAUUGUGUCAGUGUGAAAGGUUCGGAGGCGGUGGCCACGCAAUCCGGGCGACCGAUCGUUGGGUAACCUAGCGAAGACCGAGAAAACAGCCGUUGUCAUGGCAUUCCGGCUGUUUGGCACGGCCAAAACGAUGGCCGGAAUGAUGCGGCGCAACUAUACGGCGGGUUCGCUGCCGGGAAAGGUGCAACGCACGUCCACGGGAGCCACUGGCGCCGGGGUCUAUAUAUUGCCCGCGGAGCUAUCACCGCUCCUCCAGUACAUCGUCAAACAGAUCCAGCUGCUCUGCAAGAAACCGCCGAAGGGUUUCGAGAAGUACUUCGAGGCCGGCGGCAAGUCCUCUGCCCAACCGAAAGGAGCCGCCGGCGACAAGAAGCCGCCUUCGGGAACCAGCAAAUCCGCCUCGGAAAAGCCCAGCACAUCCUCAUCCGCCUCGGCCAAGCCCGCCCGAUCCCAGGCGGAGUCGAAGUCGGACUGGAAUUUCGGCAUGUUCAGCAACAGUUCGAGAGGACCGGCGGGACGGGCCAACACGCCGGGCGGAAGGCCGCUGGGCGAGAGCGGCGGAGGUGGGGACAGGGAGCGGUGGAUCCUCCUUGGCGCCAUCGGAGCCGUCGUCCUGGUCGGCUCGUUCGCCUUCUUCGAGAUGGGCUACAAGGAGAUCUCCUGGAAGGAGUUCGUCAACAGUUACCUGUCCAAGGGCGUGGUGGAGAAGCUGGAGGUGGUCAACAAGAAGUGGGUGCGCGUGCGUCUUCAGCAGAACAGCAACAGCAGCGGCGGCGUCUUGUGGUUCAACAUCGGCAGUGUGGAUAGCUUUGAGCGGAACCUGGAGGCAGCCCAGUCGGAGCAGGGGACGGAGUCUAUCAACUUUGUGCCCGUGAUCUAUCGCAAUGAAGUGGAGGCCGCCAGUUUGACCGGUCUGCUGCCCACGCUGCUCAUCAUCGGCUUCUUGGUCUACAUGAUGCGCAAGUCGGCGGACAUGAUGGGCGGCGGUCGAGGACGCAAAGGGGGUGGCCUCUUUGGCGGCGUAAUGCAGUCCACCGCCAAGCUGACCAAUCCCACAGAGAUUGGCGUGGGUUUCAAAGAUGUGGCUGGCUGCGAGGAGGCUAAGAUCGAGAUCAUGGAGUUCGUUAACUUCCUGAAGAACCCGCAGCAGUACAUCGAUCUGGGCGCCAAGAUACCAAAGGGGGCCAUGCUAACGGGCCCACCCGGCACGGGUAAAACGCUCCUGGCCAAGGCCACCGCCGGCGAGGCGAAUGUGCCCUUCAUCACCGUGUCCGGAUCCGAGUUCCUCGAAAUGUUCGUGGGCGUUGGUCCAUCGCGAGUGCGUGACAUGUUCGCCAUGGCCCGCAAGCACGCUCCCUGCAUCCUUUUCAUCGAUGAGAUUGACGCUGUGGGUAGGAAGCGUGGUGGCAAGACGUUCGGCGGUCACUCGGAGCAGGAGAAUACCCUCAACCAACUUCUGGUUGAGAUGGACGGCUUCAAUACCACAACGAAUGUGGUGGUGCUGGCAGCCACCAAUCGUGUGGAUAUUCUGGACAAGGCUCUCAUGCGACCGGGUCGUUUUGAUCGUCAGAUUUAUGUUCCAGCGCCUGAUAUCAAGGGCAGGGCGAGCAUCUUUAAGGUGCAUCUGGGGAACCUGAAGACAACGCUGGACAAGAAUGAUUUGAGCAGGAAGAUGGCGGCUCUAACGCCGGGUUUCACUGGCGCCGACAUAGCCAAUGUGUGUAAUGAAGCUGCCCUGAUUGCCGCCCGCGACUCCAAGGAUUCGAUUGUCCUCAAGCACUUUGAGCAGGCGAUUGAGCGUGUCAUCGCUGGCAUGGAGAAGAAGACCAAUGUCCUGGCACCGGAGGAAAAGCGAACGGUGGCGCAUCACGAGGCUGGUCAUGCGGUGGCUGGAUGGUUCUUGGAGCACGCCGAUCCCCUGCUCAAAGUGUCGAUCAUCCCGCGCGGCAAGGGUUUGGGCUAUGCCCAGUAUCUGCCCAAGGAUCACUAUUUGCUGUCCAAGGAGCAGCUGUUCGAUCGCAUGUGCAUGACCCUCGGUGGCCGCGUGGCCGAAGAGCUGUUCUUCAAUCGAAUCACCACCGGUGCCCAGGAUGAUCUGAAGAAAAUCACCGAUAUUGCCUACUCCCAGGUCGUGCGUUUCGGCAUGAACGAAAAGGUCGGACAAGUUAGCUUCGAUGUGGGGCAGGCUGGCGAUCCGGUGUUCAGCAAGCCCUACUCCGAGGACACUGCCCAAAUGAUUGACGGCGAGGUGAGGUCGAUCAUCAAAUGCGCCCACGAGGCCACCACCAGUCUGUUGACCAAGCACAAGGAGGAUGUGCAAAAGGUGGCGGAAAGGUUGCUCCAAAACGAGGUGCUCAGCCGGGAUGAUAUGAUCGAGCUGCUGGGACCCAGACCCUUCAAGGAGAAGUCCACCUACGAGGAGUUCGUCGAAGGAACCGGCUCCUUUGAGGAGGACACCUCUCUGCCCGAAGGCCUCAAGAGCUGGAACAAGGAAAAGGAGCGCCCAGAGCCUCUGGACGCCGGCAGCACGCCCACUUCGCCGCCCACCAAGCCCGUUACUGCCCAGAGCAGUUAGACUAGGACCUUCGAUGUCUUGGUGGAUGGGGAGUUUCCGAAUGUUAGUUCGAGGUUGCCGACAUCUCUUUGUUUUUGUUGUAAUCCCCAAUCACGAACCGCAGAAAGCCCCGAACUGUGGCACAAACGAGAGGGCUCAAGGAGUUCCUGGACCUCCAGGAGUUCCAGUUCUCCACGACGCGUUCAUCAUUGUUUUUGCAUAAUUUUAAGAUAGUCCCCAUGGAUACCUCGUUCCAGUGUUGAGCACAUAAGCGCUAGCCUGUACUAAAUUUCCCGUAUUCCGUAUUUUCACAAUGUAAUAGGAAUGGAUAAAACCUGUCAGUGUGGGAAAACGAAAUUAAACGAUGUUUUGAAGUCGAUAAAUAAUUAAAA